AUACGAUGUUUACCAAGAGAGGAAGAAAGAGGGCUAACAGGCUAGGUCGACGUAAGCUUAAAAGGAAUAGCAAACACCAAAGAAAAUGGUCAGAUAUGUUACUGGUUAACGACGUCAACCGGGUGAAGUUCUUAAAGCAACGUAAAUGUUGGGUAAUUAAACCGAAUGAAGCGCAUUAAAUCAUCUUAAAUCGGCAUGUUAAUUGGUUGUGUGCCUGAAAGCAAACGCUGAUGCUAACCCUGUUAGCUCGCGCUGACGCUAGCUAACUUAAACGUCUUUGCACGAACAAAGUCAAGGCGAUAACCGUCUGAAAGAUGCAUUGACUCACUUUAAAGUGUAACUAUUUGUUCAAAUUUGUGACACGGAUGUUUUUUAUCAAAAUACUCCCCCUAGCUAGUUAGCACGCUAGCAAACUCGGCUAACGUUACAUACGUUAGAUGAAGAAAACAUUGACAUACCGUUGACUGACAGUCCGACACCUUAAUCCGUCUUGUAGCUUUUCCUUGUAUAAAAUAUGACACUAGUACUCUGACUAACCAUCGUUUAUUUGUUUAACGGUUAAGCUUCCUAUCACUCGCCAUGGCUGCUUUAGGCUUCACUCCGGCCAGCGACCACGACCUCUUCAGCAUCGAAACGUCCGAGCUCUCGAGCUCCAAAACCACCAGCGCGCUUAACGGGGAAGAGGUCAGGCAGUUCUACGAAGAUUUAAUGAAAGAUGGUAAAGGGCGAGACGUAUCAAGGAGAAAGGCCACUAGCGAGAAUGAUCCCGGCAGAAGGGCGAGGAGGAGAGUCGGCGCUGCAGAGAGGCAGCGGGAUCAAACGGAUCGUGUCGGUCAAAGUGGGGUCAGGGGUCAAAGUGUCCCAAGAAGACAGGCAAGCAUCUCAGAAAGUACCAUGGAGCUCCUGGGCCUCAGGUUGCUGCGUUGUGCCCACGAAGGGGACACCUCCGGCCUCAAAGACCUUCUCUCAAAGGGGGUUGACAUCAACGUCCAGGACACUUAUUUCUGGACGGCGAUGAUGUGUGCCAGCUGGUCGGGACAAAGAUCAGCGGUGAGGGUGCUGCUGCACCACGGAGCAGCGUGGGUCGGGGUGGUCGAUACGCAGGGCAGGGAUGCCAAAGACCUGGCUCUGGAAGCGGGUCACAAUGAGGUUUUGGAGGAGUUGGAGAGCUUUGGGAGAAGUACGCAGAGAGACACACGAUCUGACUACAGGGCCCCCCCGCCUCAGUGGUGCGCUGUGUGUUGCAGCGAGUACGGCGGCGACCUGUCGUCACAUGCGUCCUCCACUCUGCACCAGUUCAGUCUGCGCCGUGAUCCGCCCACCCCCUACUACUGCCUGCCACCGUCGAGCAACAGCUACAAGAUGAUGGUUCGCUGCGGCUGGAAACCGGGGGAGGGACUGGGGCCAGAGGGGGAGGGGCCUCAGCAGCCAGUGCCGACUGUGCUGAAGAGAGACCAGAACGGGCUGGGCUUUGGACAGGUGAAGAGAGCCAAAGUGACUCACUUCCAACCCGGGGAUUGUGACGCAGUGAAGCGUCAUUCGAAGGUGAAAGAGGAGAGGGGAGGAAAAGGACAGAGGAAAGAAGAAAGUAGGCGAAAGGAGCUGAGAGAUAAGAACUGGGAAAGAGAUUUCCGUGCCUCUUUUUAUCUUUGACACCUGCCCAGAGGGACCUCUUCUCUCUCUCCCCAAAACAUCUAAAAAGUUUUUUCUAAAACAUUAACCGUAUUUAUACAGAGACAAUUUGUGUCUACUUUUUGUUUACUUUGAACUGUGUGUUUGUAAAGUGUUCGAUCAAUACGACUGCCAUGACUAUCUCAAUGCUGAUACUGUGACAUUAAACGUAAUCAGCAACGUCCAAAUUGCUUUGAUUGAAUCCAUCUUGUGAUUGUGUUUACUCUGUGUGGCCAAAUAUAGUUGACUUUUAAUCCACUAAAGGACGAUCAUUUGUCAUCAUUUAUUAUAAAAUACAUGUACUGUGAAACCUGG